CGCUAACAGCAGCCUUUAACACAGCCCAGCCUUCUUUCUGUGCGUCCACAUUAAAGGCAACACAGGAUACGCUCUCACACACUCACACACACACACACACACACAUGCGUAUACUCGUAACCACUCACGCAUUCAAUCAUAUCUCAAACUGGAGUCGGAGUGAGGAAGCAGAAUGUCAGGGAAGGAAGCGCUGAAGCCAGUGGGAAAGCUGAAUUUGCCUCAAGUCUGCAGAGCUUUUUUUUCACAGGAGGUCUCAAGGAGAAGUUUGGAUUCAUAAAAGUGAGCAAAUAUCUGUGGAUAUUUUUGGAAAUAGGCCAGCACAGAAACGGAUUUUAGAUUUAGUUUAGUAGAAACUUCGCUCGGGUCCCACUCUCAAGAUCUGGAUUUUCAAACAGAGAAGACAUACAUCAGGAGGAAAUUCUUGAAAUUCUCUUUGUCUCUGACCACUCACCGGUAAAGUCUUUCAAAGUCUCAUCAUCUGCUGCCACCAUAGAGCUGCAGGAGGACACAUCCUCAGGUUACAACAAACAGAGACCACAAGGAAAGAUGAGUCUGUCACGGAACGGAACGCUGGAAAAGACCGUAACUGAGCAGGGCUCCCCCUCCAGAGUGGGGUCUGGAGUCGUGGUGCCCCCUCCAUACUCUCUCGGUGGUAGCGAAGCGCCUGACACCCCUCUGGAGUUAAGGGGCUCUCUGGACUGCUGGGCAUGCUCUGUGCUGGUCACUGCACAGAAUCUGAUCAUAGCACUGAUCAAUGGCGGGCUGGCCAGCGUCAUUUUUGGCACCAUCCUCACCCCUGCUCUUGUCAUGAUCGUAUUUGGCUUCCUCUGCCACCCCACGGUGCAGCCCCAUGGCACAUAUCUGUAUUGCUCAGACAUCCUGGAUGAAGCCGGCUGCGUGGCUCUGCUGGUUGUGGGAUUUCUGCUGCUCACCCCUCUGCUGGUCCUGGCACUUGCUGCCUACUGCCGCCUGGCCCGCCACCUCCAGCUGGGAAUGUGUUUCAUUCCCUACAGUCGCGCUGUCUACAAG